CAAUCAUAUUCCUACAAACCCGGAAAUAACGCAGGUUUGAAUCUUGGGCGGCGUUUGCGUUUAUUCCGGAAGGGUUAUUGACGAGAAGAGGAUUUAACAGCGACACAUGAGCUGGUUCGAGUUAAGAAGACAUUCACGUUCAUUUCUCGGUUCUAGCAGCAAAGAUGGAGACGAGUCUGUCCAGGCUUCUUGUUGGUUUGUCUGUACAAAUCAGCCGGAGUGACGGUCGAGUGCAUCUGGCAACGGUGAAAUCCGUCGAGGCCGCUAAAUCCACGGUGAUGGUCGAGUGGUAUGAGAGGAAAAUCUGCCGAGGGAAGGAGGUCGAAGUGAGCGAGUUGUGUGAACUCAACCCGGAGAUCUCGGAUCACGUCAACACUGUCACCAACAAAGCUGCUGAUCCUCCAGCUCUGGCUCCAGAGAAGAAGUACGAGGGUCGACUGCGCUCGUCCAGGAUUCCGGCCCCUCCCUCCUCCUCCAUCCCAGCUGUCACCAAGGUUGAAGAGUCAGUUGCCAGUCGGUCUCAAGUCAGGCAGACGUGUAUGUUCCAGGUUCCGGUCCCGGCUGCAGCACCAGUCCCAACCACUCAGGCCUCUCAGGAGAUCCCGGAGACGGUCGAACCCGAUCUCCCCACGUCAUUUGUUCUAACAAAUUCUGUGACUUCCCAUCAGCAGCGUAGGAAGAAGGAGACUCCAUCAGCACAAUCCACUCCUUUUGCCCGUGAGAGCGUAAAAGAAAACUAUGAACUGGAAAAAAUGCCUCCUCCACCGGUCAUCAAAGGCAGGAGAAAGUCAGUGGCUCCCCAGGAGUUAAACAAAGGCAACAAAAGAAUGUCUUGUGUUAUAAAGCCCCCUGAAAUGCAGACCAAGAAAGGAAAGUUUGGUGAGGCUAAUCGACCAAAUCAAAAGUUCUUUGAGAUGAUCCAAAUCUUCAGAGAGACCUUGGAAAUAACCCCCAUAUCAACUACUGACCUGAUUGAAGCUCACAGGAUUUGUGUGUGCAUUCGCAAGAGACCCCUGAACAAGCAAGAGUUGAAUAAGAAGGAGAUCGAUGUGGUGUCUGUACCUGGGAAUGGUACAGUCCUGCUCCACGAGCCAAAAACGAAAGUGGACCUCACCAAGUACUUGGACAACCAAGUCUUUCACUUUGACUACUCCUUCGACGAGACCGCCGCCAACGACCUGGUCUACAAGCUCACUGCCAAACCUCUGGUGCAGUCCAUUUUCGAAGGUUGCAUGGCAACAUGUUUUGCCUACGGCCAGACAGGAAGUGGGAAAACCCAUACCAUGGGAGGUGAUUUCACAGGGAAGCAGCAGAACAGUGCCAAAGGGGUCUACGCCUUGGCAGCCCACGACGUUUUCGCCUAUCUCAACCACAGGAGGUACAAUAACCUGGAUGUCUCUGCCUACGUCAGCUUCUUUGAGAUUUACAAUGGCAAAGUGUAUGACCUGCUGAACAAUAAGGCAAAGCUCCGAGUUAUGGAAGAUGACCGACAGCAGGUUCAGGUUGUGGGCCUUGAGGAGGUCUACGUGAACUCGGCAGAAGAAGUCAUCAGGAUUAUACAGACAGGCAGUGCCUGCAGAACAUCAGGCCAGACCUCAGCCAACGCCAACUCAUCCCGCUCUCACGCCAUCCUCCAGAUUGUGCUCCGACGCAACGACCGCGCUUCCACCCUACACGGCAAAUUUUCACUGGUUGAUUUAGCCGGCAACGAGCGUGGUACAGAUGUCAGCAGCAACGACCGCAGCACUUUGGUUGAGACCGCAGAGAUCAACCGCAGCCUGCUGGCUCUCAAGGAAUGCAUCCGUUCACUGGGGAAGAACAGCGAUCACAUUCCUUUCCGGAUGAGCACUUUGACCAAGGUCCUCAGGGACUCCUUCAUCGGAGAGAAGUCCAGGACCUGCAUGAUUGCCAUGGUGUCUCCAGGCAUGUCUUCAUGUGAAUACACAAUGAACACACUACGCUAUGCUGACAGAGUGAAGGAACUGAAUGGAAAUGUCAAAGCCCGUCCAGCAGCUAAGGCAGAAGAUCCUCUUAGCAGCUCCUCGGAUGAGGAAUCUGUUGUGGAAACCGGUGUCUACGAUGCCAUAUCCAAGGUGGCAGAUCUGGAGGAGAAAGUUUAUGUGGAACUCCAGAGGGCAAAUGAGCUUGUGAAGACAAUGGAGCAAACCUCGUACAAUAUCGAGGCAGGAGUUCCCGAACUAGUGGAUUAUUCGCAGAAAUUAUUGGAAACGGUCCUGGCUUUGCAGGCAACUGUGGAUCAGGAGAGAAUGACUAGGCUGGGUCACUGAGCUGAGGCUGGAAAACCCCACGUCAUGCCAUGUUUGUUUUUAUUGUAUGUCGGUUUUAUUGUUUUAAACACUGUAUUAAAUAAAAUGUGUUCAAACACUAA